GCUCAUUGAAGUCCUUUCUGUCCUCUGUCAUGCGUUCUGACAGUACUCACCGCACCUCCAAUAGGGACCAGCAGAACUUAGUUUUCAGGGAAUUGUGCCUUCCCCUGGGCAGGGGUGGGUACCCAUGCUAUCUAGAGGGGCCCCUGGGCCCACCCCGGGAGCUGGUGGCUUUUCUCCCAUGUGCCUUCUGGAAAUCCUGCGGACAUUUGAGCGGGCUCAUCAGGUGACCUAGAGCCAAAGCCCAAAGAUCGCUGCCCUGAUGAAGCAAGACAGCACCAGCCUGGAGAAAAAAGGCCGCCUGUACCUGGUUGGCUGGCAGACCCUGGGCAUCAUGGCCAUCAUGGAUGGAGUGGAGUGUAUCCACACCUUUGGUGCCAACUACCGAGAUGUCCGCAGCUUUCUCAUUGGUGAUCACAGUGAUAUGUUUAACCAGAGGACUGAGCUCCUCAACCAGGGUCCCCAGUUCUCCUUCUCCCAAGAGGACUCCCUGACUUCCAUCUUGCCAUCCCUCAUGGAAAUCGACACUGUGGUCUUCAUUUUCACCCUGGAUG